AUGCGGCCACGUAAAACGAUUCUACUGGUUGGCGUGUUGGUCAUCUGGGUGCUGAUGACUUAUCUCGCGUUCAUGCGCACCGUCCGGGUUACCGAUGGUUCGCGAUCUCGACCAGCCGCUGCCAGUAGACAGGUGAUGGAGAAAGUGCAGUUCUUCGAGGAUAACCUGAAAAACUUCGCCGAAAAUCGGCAGAAUCUCUACCGGGACAUCAUAAACAUCCUGCGCCGGGACGAGAAGCUGCCCAGCGUUCCUGCCCAAGCGAUUCCGAUUGCGUCUUCUGACGGCCCUGUGAUUGAGCAAGAGCAUGUGCUUCCGGGUUCCGUAGGAGAGGACACGCAGAAAGUCGUUCUAGGAGUUCCGGAAGAGGGCGAUGCAGAAGUAAACGGUGUUCUCGGAGCACCGGCACCGCUGAUCCCGGUUCCUGAAGCUGAGGAUGGUCGACCGGAGGUAGAACGUGUGCUCAGCAAAUUUCAGCAGCGUUAUCUCAACAAUGAUCCCGCAUUCCCGGUCAUACCGGUUGUAGUAUUCGCGUGUAAUCGUAUCUCGGUCAACAAGUGUUUGGAUGAUUUGAUACGCUAUCGGCCGAGCCCUGAGCAAUUCCCCAUAAUCGUAUCGCAGGAUUGCGACGACGAACCGACACGAAACACGAUCCUGUCGUACCGCGACGAAGUAACACUUAUCCAGCAACCGGACCAAUCGGACAUUCCCGUGCCACCAAAGGAGAAAAAGUAUAAGGGGUAUUACAAGAUCUCGCGCCACUACGGUUGGGCCCUAAGAGCGGUGUUUGGGCAAGGGUUUGAUUCCGUAAUCCUCGUGGAGGACGAUCUCAGCGUAGCGCCAGAUUUUUACGAGUAUUUCCUUGGUACCUAUCCCAUAUUGAAACGCGACAAAUCACUCUGGUGCGUGUCGGCAUGGAAUGAUAAUGGCAAGGAGGGGUUGAUCGACAGCUCAGCGCACGAUCUGUUGUACAGAUCUGACUUUUUCCCCGGACUUGGUUGGAUGAUGACAAAGGAUUUGUGGGAUGAGCUGUCUCCAAAAUGGCCUAAAGCCUUUUGGGAUGAUUGGAUCCGCCAGCCAGAGCAGCGUAAAGAGCGAGCUUGCAUACGGCCGGAACUGCCCCGUACACGAACGUUCGGAAAAGUUGGUGUAUCUAAUGGACUCUUUUUCGACAAACAUCUAAAGUACAUCAAGCUAAGUGAAGAGUUCGCGAGCUUUACCAAAAACAAUCUAACCUACCUAAUGAAGUCCGCCUAUGACAAAGCGUUCCUUGAAACCGUGUACCAAAGCCCGGUGGUAACGUUGGAUGAACUGAAACGCGGCAUAGUGACGACCAGAGAACCGAUACGCAUCGCUUAUCACACCAAAGAGCAGUACAAACGGGCCACCAAGAAUCUGGGACUAAUGGACGACUUUAAGAGCGGCGUACCACGGACGGCAUAUCGGGGCAUCGUGUCGUUCUUCUACAACGGUCAGCGGGUAUACCUGGCACCAAGUGCGAACUGGAAGGGUUACGAUCUCACCUGGAGUUAA